AUGUCGUCCAAAAGACCCUCCGUCUUCCCCAGCCCUUCCGCCGCGUUGAACGCGUUGAACAAGUCGAAAUCUCCCCCAAAGGCGAUGAGCAAAGCUGAGGCGAUCAGAUGGGCCGAAGGGCAGCCAGCCCCCAAUAAUGUUCCAACCAGCAAUAACAAUCCAUUCGGCAGUAACCUUCCACCCAGCAUGCAAACUCCCCCUCAACCUCCAACACUCUCAUCACUCCCAACACUCCAAGAGACGCCAGAGCCUGGACAAGCAUCGACGAACCGUCCAGCACCGGUCCCGGCGCACCAACCCCCUAAGGUUUUUGGCCGUCCAGGCGGAGAGGGCUUCGCGGAAUCUCUGCCACCGCAAAUGAACACUGGGACAGGCGGGGCGGAGACACCUGCAUAUGUCCAAGCAUUCCUCGAUGCUGGAAAGCCACCGCCGCCGCCGAGAGUCUUCCCAGAAGAAGGUGUUGCGGAAGCCUUGCCACGGCAAAUGGAAUCUUUCCCGCGGCCGCCGCCCGCAGCGUCGAGUGGUGGAAGACUGAACCCAAAACUACGGGAACCGGGUCCUAGGCCACUGCCAACGCCGCCCGAUGGAACUCCCGGUACUCACCCGCCGGACACUAAAGCUCGCGGCCAGAUCGCGCCGCCCAGGCCACUGCCGACGCCGCCCGCGGGAACUCCCGGCCAGAGCGCGCCGACCAGGCCACUGCCAACGCCGCCGCAACCGCAAGCGGGACCUUCCCAGUAG